CUGACGGUGACGUACCCGAGCAUACCAAUUGACGAAACCACAUUCGCAGAUUUUGCGACGACUCUAUUGGCUGUCGCGCCGCAUUUGAAUGGCUCUUGUCACAGAGACGUCGUCGUCACGUCCGCUCUGGUCACCCAAUACAAAGCCAGCAUGAUGUCCGCCAUUAAGGAGGCGGGGUCUGAUUUGAUUGACGUCACGCACCUGCAAGAAUAUCUGGAAUCACUCGCCUGGCACGACGAAGACACGCACGGGGAUGAACAUGCCCACGAACAUGCUGACAAACAUGCAGGCGAACAUGCAGACGAACACGAUGUAGAGCUUUUUAAAGAAAUGUGUCUAGGGGCCGAUGUCGUGUAUGACAAACUGGAACUUCCUGUCGAUGCAGGGGCCAACACCACCGCGCAUCUGGGGCACAUUGCGACCCUUAUCCUGCUAAACAUCAUUGAUGGCGCCACCGUUUCCCGGGAGUGUCGAGUGGUUCCCCGUCCGACCUUCUUCAUGGAGGCACUUCUAGAAGAACUGGGUGGAGAAAAUGAUACGGUCGCGAAAACAAAUUUCCAAAAAGUGUUCACCUCUCUGGGAAUCGGCGAGAAGGGUGCGAGCGAUACCGUGAGCUCAGAGGCGGGUCAUGAAGGUCACGGUCAUGCGCGAAAACGGCGAGAAGUAGACGAGGGUUUGAUGACGUCAAACAACGUGCGAGUCAAGAGGCGAAAACGAGAGGCCGAUGAUGGUGACUUCUUACAUAACCACGAAUUGGAAUCCGUCUGCUUCACGCCGGACCAGCUGUACGCAACAUUCGAAAUGGAGGGAACCAGCCUCACAUCGGCACAGGUGUCGCUUCUUUGCCCCGCGCUACUGCAGCAGAAGGUGGCCGGAAGCUGCGCUGCGAUCGCAGAGAGCGACACUUCCGCUAAACCGUCGGACGCCGAACGCUACGGGUACGGAACUAUAGCCACUCUUAUCGUCUGCGCCUGCUCGGCCCUUGGGGCGCUGUUCGUGAAGCUGGCGUCAAAGAGAGCGUUCUCCAUCUUAAUGGCGCUGUUUAUAGGUUUGGCGAUAGGUACGCUGUACGCGGACGCCUUUCUGCAUUUAAUUCCCACGGCGCUCGGGGUUCACGGUGAACAUGAAGAUGGCGGGUCGGGGAUCACCGUCGAGCCGUAUGUCUGGUUUGCGCUGGUCUCCUGCGUGGGCGUCUAUGUUUUCUACCUAUUCGAGAAGUUGUGGUCAAUGCUGGGACCAAACUCUGCGCGGGUGCAUUCACAUGGCCACAGCCACAGCAAUACUGCCUUCAUUACCGACAACCACGAGAUCGAGAUUUCACCGAAUGACACAAUGCAUAUGACGAAUGACAGGGCUAAUGGAACACCGACGUCUAAUGGUAAAAAGAUGGACGACGACGCGGAGUCCGACAAGUCAAAGAAAGGUAUUAAAAGUGUAGCGAUGAUGGUGGUGUUGGGUGACGCCAUUCACAACUUCGCGGACGGGCUCGCCAUGGGUGCCUCCUUCUCGAAAAGCCUCACCCUCGGACUCUCGACCACUGUGGCGAUCUUCUGUCACGAGUUACCCCACGAACUUGGCGAUUUUGCGAUCCUUCUCACAUCGGGCCUCCCGUUCUGUCGCGCCCUGCUACUGAAUGUCGUGUCCUCUCUGACGGCGCUGAUCGGUCUCUGGAUCGGCCUUGCGAUCUCCUCCAAUGAAACCGCCCAGCAGUGGAUCUUGGCCAUCACUGCUGGCAUGUUCCUCUACAUAGCACUCGUCGAUAUGCUCCCAGUAAUAAUGGGCCCCACCCAGAACACGACAAGGGACUUCAUGUUAAACAACGUGGGGAUUUUAAUAGGGGUCAUAUCCAUGCUGCUCCUUGCUAUUUUCGAGGAGAAAAUAAAAUUCGAAUGACUCCAUCACCACGUGUGCAGUCCAGUGUUGUGCCUCCACAUGAGUACAUGUAUAACUAAUUGGACUGUCCCAAAAUAUUGCUGUGUUAAUGCCCCACAGUUACUGUUGUAUGUAUGUAAACACUGUACUAACAAUAGUUUUACGACUGAAAAGUCACACAUGUUACUUUUUAAUUAUUUAUCAUACCAAGAGGGUCAAUGGCCUCAUGGCGCUUACCAGGUAAUCGCAGGAAUGUAACUGUUCCAAACAGCUUUAUGAUGUUUGUUAAAAGUUGUGGCUUUUGAUCUCUUUUGUAAUCCCGAACCAUUUUUAAACUUGGCUUAGAUAUAAUGAAAACACAUGUAUGCAUAAAGUUUUAUUAUGAUUUGGCUACAUCUUGUGGCUUCUUAUCCUUUAAGUUAUGUCUUUGUUUUCAAUGCAUCAGAACCAGUUUCAACAUAAGCGACAAUUUCAUUACAAUAAUUGCGUUGAACAAAUGCAUGUAAAUUUUGCACAGAAUAUGACUUCUGGAAUGUUCACAGUGUUUCAAUAUAGCCAUAUAGUGGCCACGCCUCCCUGGCGACGAUGUUUCUUAACAGACCGAAAUCAUUUUUGAAAUUGGUUCAGAUAUCAUAAGAACAAAUAUUCUUUAGGACAUUUUACAUCAAUUCGACAAAAAAGAUCAAAAAAGAUUUAAUCUGUAGAGUAUUGACAGGGUUUAAAUAUAUAAAUUUAUGUAAAACGACCCCAAUCUCUGCGCGGCAAUGUUUUUCAACGGAGCAGAACCAUUUUUAACUUGACAGAGAUACUGUUUAAAACAUUAUGACCAAGUUUCAUAAAGAUUAGACAAAAAUUUAAAGAGAUCGAGAGAGUAGGUACUCCGCAAAGAUUCUUCAUAAACAUGCAUAGAAACUGCCCCUUCCCAUUGCGACCAUGUUUUUUGUAACGGAUUUGACCUAUUAUCGAACACAACCGAGAUGUAAUUGCAACAAAAGUUAUGAGGUAGAAAAAAAAUAUUUUAAGAGUGGACACAGGCUUCUUCUAUACUUUGACCUAUUGACAUAAUUUUUAACCUUAAGCGACUUAUUUUGAAUGUUCGCCUGUUAUAAUAUUGACUAAUGCUGUGACUACGUUUUCUGCAGAUUAUGUAAUACAUUUGGCCUAUCUAGUGUUCAUAAAUUUAAUGUUAACGAUUAUCACAAACGUUCGACACAGCAAAAAACAUGCUUAGAGUACUAAUGAAAUGAGUGUAUAUUUUAAUGAUUGUGUCGUAAUUUACUGUAAUGAAAAGCAAAACAAC